AUGCAAUGCAAUAUGAAAACUUGGAUAAUUUUAGUUACCUUAUCAUUUUUUUCUCUUGUCGUCACCCGCGCGGUUGUUGCGGACUGCAUACCAGAGAAAAGAAGCACUUUGACAUCUCAAUGUCCCAGUCUUCCCCUGGUGCAUCAUUUCCAUUACCGAUUGGCGCGUCGCAUGUUGCCUUCUUCCCUUUUUUGCAGUGCCCUCUGCCAAAAGCCGUGGUCGUCAUUUGAUGAACAGUCACUUCGUUUGGAGAUGGAGCAAUGGAUUCGCGCCAACCGCACGGUGGGUAUGUUUCCUGAGGCACACAACUUCGUAAUGGAUGAGGUUUUAAGAUUAACCAACAACUUGGAAGGUAUUGCAAAUGACACGGAAGAUGUGAGGACUGUGUAUGCCAAGAGGGUGAAGGAAACGUAUCAGAAUAUGCCGUGGCUAAUGGUUAAACCGGGGAUUAUUGCACAGGCCACUGAAUACUACGCAUGGAAUGUGAGGGGGCGACAUAUUGUGCGCGCCAUUAAUCUUGAGGAACAGGACAGUGAGCCGGAACAAAUUGCCCAUUAUGUGCAGGCAGUGAGGGAGUGGUGGCUGGAAGCACAAGCGGCUGUCGCUCGUGACCGUCAUGUCGGACCUCCGUAUAUUCCAUGGGUGGAUUUGGAGAGACUCAUUGGACCACACAUAGAACCACCGGUAUUGUUUUCCUCUUCAAACUCGACGGGGACGCAUAAUCAGUCCGGUAAAUCUAACAUUGGGCUGCCCAGAGAAUUCUUCAGACGCCGCUCAUAUCCGUACUUACCUCCCCCUCUGGUGACACCUCCUGCAUUGGUGUAUUACUACUCGGAUAACUGUAAACGUUGUAGGGAUUAUAAUAUCAUGUUCGAUCUUCUUCCUUUCCUGUACCGCCGUUUAUGCGAGCAUGGUCACAUGUCUGUUGUGAGCUGUAGUCCGGUGCUGAUGCUUUUCCGUGCAAAGGCGCCGCGAUCUCAAUUACUUGUUCCACGCAUUCGAUUUUAUGGUGUGCCAUGCCGACUGGAGGUGAUCCACAUUGCUCCCACUGUCAAGGUCUUUGCUUCUGAACUCCCGGGGAGACGCUUUUGUGAUCCACUUGAGAGUGUCGAAAUUACAAUUGGAUCCCAAAAGGAUAUCGAGUCGAUGUUAGUUUCUUUGUUUAUACAACUCAUAAGACUCGACGUAAUUAAUAUGCGUGUCGUGACUAAGGAUGCGUUGGAUGACAUGAAGAGGGAGGAAGAGGAGGAAGAGAGGAAUGAUAAGCAGCGGGAACGGUUAACGAAGGGUGGGAACCUUUCUAACGGAACAAAAGAAAAAGGGAAUAAUACGAACAGUAAAAGGCAGCGAAAGGCCUCUUUCAUGACGUUACGUGAUGGUAUUCGAGAAUUGUUGCGAUCACAUGUUAAUGAGACGUGGGGCGGUGGCGCAGAUAUACUUCGGGCGGCUGAUGAGGUGACAUGGAUGCAGGUGUAUCCGAUGUGGUUUAAUAUAUCGGUUAUGGGGCUUGUUGGGUUGUGGGCGGUGUUGUUGCUGUGGCGGUCAUACGUUGAACCAAGUUAA